GGGACCACUGCCUCUAAAAUGAGUCUCUCUGGGGAGAGAGAGGAGGGGACCACUGCCUCUAAAAUGACUCAAGACACCAGUUCUAAGAGUGUCCAGAAGCCCAGAGCAGAGUCACCUGCCCCCAGCCUGCUAUCAAUGAAGAGUGAUCAGCUACCUGCUUUCAGCCAGGAACCAUUACCAGAUGACAAUAAGGAAGUGGAGAGUUUGGACAGUGAGGAUGCAUUAAAGAUCACACACAACCUUCUGGACAGAAGAAGUCAAACUCUUCUGACAGUCCAACAAGACAUUAAGGCUAAACUGAAACACAAGUAUCAACACAUAUCUGAAGGAAUUGGACACCAUGGAAACCAAAGUCUGUUAAAGGACAUCUACACAGAGCUCUACAUCACAGAGGGUGGAAGUGGAGGGGUCAAUAAUGAACAUGAGGUGAGACAGAUAGAGAUGGCAUCCAAGAAACAAACCACACAAGAGACACCAAUCAAAUGCAACGACAUCUUCAAGCCUUUACCUGGACAAGACAAACCUAUCAGAACUGUGCUGACAAAAGGAAUCGCUGGCAUUGGAAAAACAGUCUCUGUGCAGAAGGUCAUCCUUGACUGGGCAGAGGGAAAAGCAAAUCAGGACGUUCAUUUCAUGUUUCCUCUUCCUUUCCGUGAUCUGAACCUGAAAAAGGACCAAUACAGUCUGAUGCAACUUCUUUCCCACUACUUCUCAGAGCUGAAAGAGAUUGACAGCAUUGAAGAUGGGGAAACCAAAACUGUUUUCAUUUUUGAUGGUCUGGAUGAGUGUCGACUUCCUCUAGACUUCAAAAACAAUGAGAGGUGCUGUGAUGUCACGAAGCCAACCUCAGUGGACGUGCUGCUGACAAACCUCAUCAAGGGGAAUCUGCUUCCCUCUGCUCUCCUCUGGAUAACCUCACGGCCUGCAGCAGCCAAUCAGAUCCCUCCUGAGUGUGUUGACCAGGUGACAGAGGUACGAGGGUUCAAUGAUCCACAGAAGGAGGAGUACUUCAGGAAGAAAAUCACAGAUCAGAAUCUGGCCAAUGAAAUCAUCAAACACAUGAAGACAUCAAGGAGCCUCCACAUCAUGUGCCACAUGCCAGUCUUCUGUUGGAUAUCAGCCACUGUCCUUGAGAUGAUGCUGAAAGAGGCAGAGAAGGAUGAAGUCCCCAAAACUCUGACCCAGAUGUUCACACACUUCACGCACAUCCAAAUCAUUGUGAAGAACAAGAAGUACAACAAAGCCACAGAGACAAACCCAAAGGAACUGUCUCAGUCAGACAAAGAGAUGAUCCUGAAACUGGCAAAGCUGGCUUUCCAACAGCUGCAGAAGGGCAACCUGAUAUUCUAUGAGGAGGACCUGAGAGAGUGUGGCCUUGAUGUCACAGAGGCAUCAGAGUACUCAGCAUUGUGUACAGAGAUCUUUAAAGAAGAAUCUGGGCUGAACCAAGAGAAGGUCUACAGCUUUGUGCAUCUGAGCAUGCAGGAGUUUCUAGCAGCAGUGCAUGCUUUAGAAUCAUGUCUGGACAAGAAGGAAAAUGUUUUUUCCACCACUAGUGAGGAUGAAGAUGAGGAGUCAAUCCAGUUGUCUGACUUACACAGGAGAGCAGUGGACCAGGCCUUGAAGAGUGAGAAUGGACACCUGGACCUGUUCCUCCGCUUCCUUCUGGGUCUCUCACUGGAGUCCAAUCAGAAUCUGUUACGAGGCCUUCUGACACAGACAGGAAGUACAACACAGAGCAAUGAGGAAACAGUUGAGAGAACAGUCAGGUACCUUUCAGACAAGAUCAAAAGGGAAUCCUCACCACAAAGGAUCAUCAACUUGUUCCACUGUCUGAAUGAACUUGGUGCCAACUCUCUAGUUGAAGACAUGCAAACCUCCCUGCGAUCAGGAACUCUUUCAGAAACAGAGCUAGAACCUGACCAAUGUUCAGCCCUGGCCUACCUGUUACUGAUGUCAGAGGAGGUGCUGGAGGAGUUUGACCUGAAGACAUACACCACAUCAGAGACAGGUUAUCAGAGGUUGCUGCCGGUAGUGAAAACCUGCAAGAGAGCACUACUGGAUCGCUGUGAACUCACAUAUGAAUCCUGUGAGACUCUGGCUUCAGCUCUGCAGACACCAAACUCCCUGAGAGAACUGGACCUCAGCUACAAUGACCUGGGAGACAGAGGAGUGGAGCUGCUCUGUGUUGGACUAACCAGUCCACUCUGCAACAUACAGACACUAGUUCUAGGUCAGUGUGGUCUGACAGAGGGUUGCUGUUCAGAUCUGGCCUCAGUCCUGAGUUCACCCAACUCACAACUGAAACAACUGGAGCUGAGAGACAAUGACCUGCAGGACUCAGGAGUUACACUGCUGUCUGCUGGACUGGAGGAUCCAGACUGUAAACUACACACACUGGGGCUGUCUGGCUGUCUGGUCACAGAGGAGGGCGAGACUCUGCAGGGGGGACUGCUUUCAGCUGCUCUGGUGGAUCCCACAGAUAAACUGAUGAAGCUGAAUGUGGAUCAUGGUGGAGAGUUCAGGCUGAAAUCAGGGGUGAGGAAAUAUGCCUGUCAUCUCACCCUGGACCCAAAUACAGCAAACCCACACCUGAUACUGUCUGAGGGGAACAGGAAGGUGACACGGGUGGAGGAGAAGCAGCAUUAUGAAGACCAUCCAGACAGAUUUGACAGUCUUCCCCAAGUUCUCUGCAGAGAAGUCUUAUCUGGAUCUCGUUAUUACUGGGAGGUGGAGAAGGAUGGUGACUGGGCUGGCAUUGGUGUGGUGUACAAAGGAAUACAGAGGAAGGGAGAGGAUGACAGUUGUAUUGGAUACAAUAGGAAGUCCUGGGCUUUAUUAUGCUCUGACAGUGAAUAUGACUUUUACCAUUCUGCAGUCAUCAGAUCCAUCCCUGGUCCUGUUUCUAACAGAGUUGGAGUGUAUCUGGACUGGCCAGCUGGUACUUUGUCCUUCUAUAGUGUGUCCUCCUCUGGUACACUGACACACCUUUACACAGAACACACCACAUUCACUGAACCCCUCUAUCCUGGGGUUGGGUUUGGGAUUGGGGCUUUCUCCUCCUCCUCAGUGACCCUGUGUCAGAUAGAUGACCAACACAUUCAAAGGUGAGUCAUAGCAAUGUUUUAUCAUGUGUUUUCCUCUGGAAUCAUUCCUACAAUUAGAUUAGUAUUGGUGUGUUUUAAUGUGUUCUGUUGGACCUACAGACAGUUAGAUUAGUAGUAGUGGUGUGUUUUAAUGUGUUC